GCGAUUUCCAAAACAUUGGUGGGAUGUGCAGGCUAAUAUAAUGAGGCUCCGAAUAACUCCUAAUUUAUGGAUAUAUGGUUGUUAUUUGCUUACAACUGAUGAUAUGCAAGUAUACCGAAAGCAGUUUUAGUUAGCAAACAAGUUAAAUGUAUUUUCUUACCGAAUCGUUCUUGCAGAAUAUUUCCAUGUUGUCUAACGUUAGCUAGCAAGCUAGCAUUCAAGCUGUCAUUGUCUGGCUGACUGAGCAACAUUAUUACUGACAACAACUCACCUUGGCGACGGUGAUAAGUACACGGAGGGAGAUGGCUGGUCAACUACUUGAGUUUGAGACGGAGAUGUUCCUGAGUUUGUUCGGCUCGGACGGGCUGCUGGUGACUGCGGAGGGCAUGGGGAUAGACCGCAUCCUGCUGCAGUUCAUGCGGGUGUACUCCGAGGAGGGGAGUCUGGUGCUGCUGCUGAACACUACCACGCCUGAGCAGGUGGGUGAAUGAUAGCGGGGCUAGGGGAAUGAUAGUGGGGCUAGGGGAAUGAAUGAUCAGGGGCCCAGUUCGGGGGGGGGGGGAACGAUCAUAGGCGGCUAUUUAUCAUCACCUGCUUGACUUUCAAGCUUGCAUCAGGAGGGCUUCAGCUAUGAUGGACCCCCCUUGGUUGCAGACCUUGCAUUAAUCAAACUCUAGGUGAAGUUUGUAUACAUGUCUUUCUAUGUAGAAAGUUUGUAACAGUAACCAAUAACCCAUGUUCCUAUGUGUGCUCCUAUUUCCUCUCCUAGGAGUUCUUCACAGAGCAGCUGCGAGCUGAGGGAGUGAGCCACCUGCCCCAGACGGUGACCAGUGAUGUACAGAGUACAGAGCGCUACAAAGUUUACACACAGGGAGGGGUCCUGUUCGUCACCAGCCGUAUCCUAGUGGUGGACUUCCUCACUGACAGGAUACCUGCACACCUCAUCUCGGGUCAGUAUAUAGCAUAGGCUAAACUAGAGUUUUCACAUACCAGUUAUGUUAUAUUAGUGCGGAUAAUGGUACCAAACACUUCUGGAUACAAAUCAGACUGGGAUGUCUGAAAACAAUGCCCUAAGAUGUAGCUGCUCAAAAGGACACUCAUAUUGCUCUCUCUGUCAAAGCAUUAUCCUUUCUCUCUGCUGCUUCACUUCAUUUAUUUACCUUGUUUACAUCGACCCACAACUUUCUCUGUUUUUCCCCAGGUAUACUGGUGUACCGGGCCCAUAAGAUAAUUGAGUCUUGCCAGGAGGCCUUCAUCUUGAGACUGUUCAGACAGAAGAAUAAGACAGGCUUCAUCAAGGCCUUCACAGACAAGGCCACCUCCUUCUCCUCUGGCUUCUGUCAGGUGGAGAGAGUCAUGAGGAACCUCUUUGUCAAGAAACUCUUCCUCUGGCCCAGGUGGGUGGGGGAGCCCUUUUUUUUUUUUUUUUUUUUUUUUUUUUACUCCUUUGUGUGGUAACUACUUGGAGCAUUGCUGAUGGAUAGUUCUCUCUCUCUCUUCUCUCUCACUCUGCUCCCACAUCUCUCUCUUUUUCUCUCUCUGCCCCCCCCCCCCCCCCCCCCCCCCCCCCUCUCAGGUUCCAGGCGUCAGUGAACUCGGUUUUGGACAGACACAAGCCAGAGGUGGUGGAGCUGCAUGUGUCUCUGACCCCGGCCAUGAGGGCCAUCCAGAGCUCUGUCCUGGACAUCAUGAACGCCUGUCUGAAGGAGCUGAAGCGCUACAACCCCACACUGGAGGCAGAGGACCUCUCCCUGGAGAAUACCCUUGGGAAUGCCUUCGAAAAGGUCAGACUUGUUAGUUACAUAGGAAUUAAGCAUCAAUACCCACUGGAAUAAAAUAACUACAAUUUCAUGCAGUUCAGCAAUAACCAUUUGCAUACAUAACACAACUCAGUGUGAAUGUACAUGUAGUGUUCUUCAUAUUAGCCUUAGUGAUAUAAAAAUACGACUGCACACUGCUUGUCUCCAGACUUUACAUCAAGGCAUACACUGUACUCUGUUGACCACUUACAGACUUCCUCUCAUAUUCCUGUUUGUUGUGCCUGUUUGACCCCCAGACAAUCCGUCACUACCUGGACCCUCUGUGGCACCAGCUGGGAGCCAAGACCAAGUCUCUGGUUCAGGACCUGAAGAUCCUACGUACUCUGCUGCUCUACCUUACCCAGUACGACUGUGUCACCUUCCUCAACCUCCUUGAGUCACUCCGCUCCAGCCAGAAAAACUUUGGAAGCAACUCUGGUAAGAAGUUGGAAGAACUGUCCUUGGAGAGUGAGAUAAUAUGAAAAGCUAUCAUAUGAAGGUCUCUGUGUUUCCCCUACCAUUAUGUUGGUAGCCCUAGAUGCUGAUUCAGGGAGAAACAUGUCACUUGACUGUGGUUCAUUUCAACAGGGUGGUUGUUCCUGGACUCCAGCACCUCCAUGUUUGUUAACGCCAGGAGUCGGGUGUACCGCAUUCCUGAGUCCAAGAAGAAACUCAAGGUGGGAGCUGACACAGAGAAACAACAAAGCACUUCAGGUAACUAACUGCUCUCACAACAUACAUUCAAGCACAAUCUCUAUGACUAUAUUAUAUGUAAUUCUGUUUUUUUCAGAGAAAGAGCUUCAUAAGCAUUUCGCUACACCCUGCCAUAAAAUCUGCAAAAAAUGUGUACUCAAACAAUAACUUUUGAUUUGAUUCUUUCUGGAGCUGAAGAAAAUGACCUUUUACCUGCUUUUGUAUGUCUGCCCCAGAGGUGAAGAAGAUGCUGGUGCUGGAGAAGAACCCAAAGUGGGAGGCUCUGACAGAGGUGCUGCAGGAGAUAGAGAAGGAGAACAAGAGCUCUGAACUCGAACCAGGUCUGCCACUAGCAGAUUACAAUCUACACAAUCUAGAUAAAGUAUUGUAUAUGGACACAGAAAGCGUAACAUAUUACUACCAAAGCCCAGACAUGCAUUGGUAAACUGUUCAGUCCUAGGUGGUGAGUCACUAUUCUUUGUCUGAUUCCCCAGGCCGCAUUUUGAUCUGUGCCAGUGAUGACAGAACCUGUGCUCAGCUUCAUGAGUACAUCAGUCGCGGCUCAGACUCCCUACUCAACAGACUCUACGCUCGCACCAUCGGCAAAAGAGAUGCCCUGUUCGACCCAGACGCACACAAACAACAGGGCCAGGGUCGGUCCAGGAAACAACAGCCUGAGAAAGGGACCAAAGGGAAGGCGGCAGCCAAGCCAAACUCAAAGAGUAAAAAGAGGCCGUCUCUGACCCUGACUCAAAUGGUUGGCAACGGAGAGGGGGAUGAGGGAGGAGGGAUGGGCAGCAGUGGGGAUGAGGGAGGCCUGUUGGAAAAGGAUGAGGAGGAGGACCUGAAGUUAGACUUGUCGUCUGAUGCCUACUACGGUGUUCUGAAAGAGCCAUUGACUGUUAUCCACCCUUUGAGGGGUUGCACUGACCCCUACAGUCUGACGCGGGUACUGCAUGAGGUGGAGCCCAGUUUCGUGGUGCUUUAUGACGCCGAGCUCAGCUUUGUUCGUCAGCUGGAGGUUUACAAAGCCUCCAGACCGGGGAAACCACUGAGGUAAUCAAACAAAACCUUUAUCCCCUUAUUCAUUUUACACAGAUCUUGUGAAUUACAUGUUGUUUUUUUCCCAGAUGAAGUCACUCAUGACGCAUUUCCUCCUCCUCUUAGGGUGUACUUCCUGAUCUAUGGCGGCUCCACAGAGGAGCAGAGGUAUCUGACUGGUCUGGCUAAAGAGAAACAAGCCUUCGAACACCUCAUCAGGUCAGACAGCUGCUACAUUAUAUUAUGAUCAUCCUACAGUUUCCAUACCAUGUGUUAGUUUGUGAGUUGUGCUGACUGACUGGGUGUCUGUGUGUGUGAUUGCAGGGAGAAGGCAACUAUGGUGGUUCCUGAGGAGAGAGAGGGAAGAGAAGACACCAACCUGGAUCUGAGCAGGAGUCAGGAGCCUGCUUACUCUACCACCAACACACGCAAAGCAGGUAAAUGAUGUGAUAACAUUUUAUCUGAUUCUUACAAUCCACAUCAUCUACCUCAGUCUGAUUGGUUGAUGUAAUUUAAUGUCAUGUCUCUCCAAUCAGGGGGCCAGGAGCAGCCCAAGGAGCCGUCCCGUGUGAUUGUGGACAUGCGUGAGUUCCGCAGCGAGCUCCCAUCCCUCCUCCACCGCCGCGGCCUGGACAUCGAGCCUGUCACCCUGGAGGUGGGUGAUUACAUCCUCACUGCCGACACCUGCGUGGAGCGCAAGAGUGUCAGUGACCUGAUUGGCUCGCUGCAGAGUGGCCGCCUCUACACCCAGUGUCUGUCCAUGACGCGGUACUACCGGAAGCCCGUCCUGCUGAUUGAAUUUGACUCGGCCAAGCCCUUUUCCCUGGUGGCCCGCACCGACUUCCGCCAGGAGAUCUCAGCUAAUGACGUCACCUCCAAGCUGACCCUCCUCACCCUGCACUUCCCCCGCCUCAGGAUCCUUUGGUGCCCCUCCCCACACGCCACAGCAGAACUCUUCCAGGAGCUGAAGAAAGGUCGACCCGAGCCGGACGCCGCCGCUGCCCUGGCCGUUACGGCCGAGUCGGACACGGUGGCGGAGUCAGCUGACCUCUACAACCCUGGGCCAUACGACUUCCUGCUUCGGAUGCCAGGGGUUAAUGCUAAGAACUACAGGGCUCUGGUUAAACACGCAGAUAGCCUGGCACACCUAGCCAAACUGAGCCAGGAGAGGCUAGCACAGGUUCUGGGGCAUGCUGGCAAUGGGAAGUUGCUCUAUGAGUUCAUGCAUAAUACUGUGGACGUCCCUGCCCCUGCACAGAAGAGUAAAUAGUCAUACACUUAAAAGGAACAGAGGCGGAUUAUGUAAUAUCAGCUAUGCUCAGGUUGAACUAUUAGAAAGACUAUGGAAGGAUCUGUGCCUUAUGUGUGGACUGAACUCAAUUGUAUUGUCAUUGUACGUGUUUGUGAAUUUUCUAUUUUUGUCAUCUAACUUUGACUUUGUAAGUCUUUGAAUAUGUAAAUGUAGGUUUUGCUUAAAUGAGCUGAAUUAUUUUUGAUACUUGCAGUACUGCAGUGGAAAACUGCUGAUACAGAGAAGUCAGUAAGCAGAAUUUUUUUAAAAUCAGGAAUGUCAAACACCUGGCAUGCGGGUGGUUAGAUUUUUAAAAAAAUGUGGAGGGAAUGAAGUCAAUAUACUUUAAAAUGACUAAA